CUCCCAAGUCGCGCCUUCACGGAGCAAUUGAAGAUCUCCGUCGCAACGACGUCCCUCGGCAGCAUCCCUUCCCACCUUUCCACGCGACGAGGACGCCACGGAGAACAACGAUCAUAUACAAUUAGCCUAGUCAGGCUACGAACAUCACUUUCAUUUCACCAGCGACGACCUCGAUCCCGACAGCAGAAUCACAAUGUCCGAUUCCGAAGAUCAAGUUGAUUUUGUGGACGAGGGGGGUGAUGACCUCUUCGGCGACGGAGGCGACGAUGAGGAUGUCGAGAUUCAGUCCGAGGCCGGGCGUGUGCUGAGUGACAGAGACUUGGCAUCCGAUCACGGAGGAGAGGGCCGUUAUGGACGCGACGACGAGGAUGAGGAUAUGGCAGACCAGGCGCAGACGCGCGACACACUGAUCGCAAGUGUCGUGGCACACAGACAUAAGAUCCCCAAGUCAAAAGACGGACAAGUGCAAUCUCUUAGGGUGCCCAAGUUUCUCAGAAUCCACGCGGAAGAGUACAAGCCAGACACUUUCGAGCCGACCGAGUUGGACAUGCGCAAUGCGCAGUCUGAAAACCCCAAAUCCGUCAUCCGCUGGCAACGUGAUGCUGCAACGGGCGAGCUCAAGAGCAAUGCGCAGAUCUACCGAUGGAGCGACGGAUCAGUCACUCUCGCGGUUGGCAAUGAGCAUUUUGACGUCCAGAAGAAGGACAUGGUCCCACCCAAGAACAAGCCCUAUGAGGAGAGGCAAGACGCGCACUACUACGCUGCAGCCGCCUCGCUCCGGAGUAACCUCCUUAUGACGGUUGGCCACGUUUCGGAGCAAUAUACUGUAAAAGUCAACAAGGGUCUGCAGGAUGAGGCGCUGGUCAACUUUGCCAAUGCCAUGGCCGCUGCCGCUCGUGGCAAGCGAGCCGAUGGUGAGAUGAUCAUCACGACUACAAAGGACCCGGAACUCCAGAAGAAGGAGGCAGAGCUGGCCGAGAAGGAACGCUUGCGCGCGCAAAGAAGACGUGACAAUGCGGCGGCGCGCAUCGAUUCCCGGUCAGGGGGAGGCCGGAGCGGAGGUGGCCUGUCUUCGGGUAUGCUGGAAGGCAGAUCUGGGGGAGGUGCUCGCAAGAGAGGACCCGGUGGUGCCAAGCCCAAGAAGCGCCGGAACCCCGAGUAUGACACGGACGAUGAGCAGCCUUCAGGAAACUGGCGGGGCAACGAGUACGACCGUGAGGACGACUUCAUCGCGCCAAGUGAUGAUGAAGGCGGCAGUGGCAUUGAGGAUGAUGAGGAAGAGGAAGACAUACUCGACGAUGACGAGGAUGAGGACGAGGCGCCGCGCAAGAAGAGGAAGAAGGCUGCAGAAGUUGAUGACGACGAAGAUGCCGAGGGCGACGAUGACUUUGAUGACCGCGCGCCGGCUCGAGAGUCGAAGGGACGGAGGCGGCACGUCAUCGACGAUGACGACGACGACGAGUAGGGGCCCUCCCCCCCAGCGGCGUGCUUGGCGUCCCGAUCUUCGCAUGGUUUUUCUAGCAACUGUUACGCAGACAGUGUACCUAUAUUGUUCUCAUCAUUUGAUUUAGCACGAGGCAUUGGUUUGUCCUUCCUAGGCACUAGAUGGAGCAAUUCGCAGGGUAAUUCCUUGUGCUCUCAACUCCAGGGGAGCGCUACUUGCGUGUAAGACUCGGGUCGCAUGAUGCAAGACCGGAAUUGCGGUGAUGGGAAUCGAAAGAGAAGAGUCCUAUCCUGCACAGAGCAUAAUUGUCCAGAGGUUGAGGGAACCAAAUCAGACACACCACGGAGCACACGUGCGGGCAUGUUGGGGUGAAGUUGGAGUAAGCUUAUGAGGUACAUCGGCGUCAGCGCUGUGGUGGUGGGGCACAAUGUACCAUGGAUCCCUGCCGUGGAUCCGGCCUUUGAGACC